AUGGUUGAUAUUGCAGCUAAUGUAGAGAGAGUGGUACUGCUUCGAGAAGCGAAGAAUGUUGGGUAUAAAAGGAGGAAUGAAAACCAGAGUCAAGGAGGAGCAAAGAAGCCUAACCAAGGCUAUCAGGGAAACCAAAGGAGGAACGAUGUUGGAAACAAAGGACAAGGUUAUCGUGGAAACCAGAAUAAUAGGGCACAAGAAUGUGCCAAGUGUGGGAGAAGAGGCCACAUCGAGAGUGAAUGCCGUGUAGGAUCGAACACUUGUUUUCGAUGUGGGAGCCAUGAUCAUUACAUCAGAGAUUGUCCGAAGCAGGUUUUCCAAGAAGGAGGUAAUUUCUCAAGGAGACAGUUGGCUUAG